ACAAUUUUCUAAUUUAGAUAAAUACAAAUCAAGGGUUAGGGAUUUCACUUUUCGAAACACGAAGAAAAUUCCCAAAUCAAAACCAAAUCAUCAUCACCAUGUCUUCAACAAGGAAAUUCACCCUCAAGAGUUCUGACGGAGAGGCCUUUGAGGUCGAUGAAGCGGUGGCUGUGGAGUCGCAGACAAUCAAGCACAUGAUCGAGGACGAUUGUGCCGGCAAUGGAAUUCCUCUUCCGAACGUAACAAGCAAGAUCUUGGCGAAGGUAAUCGAGUAUUGUAAGAAACAUGUUGAGGCUGCGACCUCUGAUGAUAAACCUACUGAGGAUGAUCUCAAGGCUUGGGAUUCUGAUUUCGUUAAGGUUGACCAGGCUACGCUCUUUGAACUCAUACUGGCUGCAAACUACUUAAACAUCAAGAACCUGCUGGACCUUACAUGCAUGACUGUGGCAGACAUGAUCAAGGGGAAGACACCUGAGGAAAUUCGCAAGACCUUCAACAUUAAGAAUGACUUCACACCUGAGGAAGAGGAGGAAGUUCGUAGGGAAAACCAAUGGGCAUUUGAAUGAUUAUAUGUUACAAUAUUAGAUACUCAGUGAAGGGUCUGUCAUGUGGGUUUAUGUUAUGCUUAUUUAGCGCAUCAAAGGACCCAAUAUAGAUUUAUCUAUGCUUAGAACUUGUUUAUCUUUCGGUUUAUUUUUGUUGAGUCUGGUCAUGAAUCUUCAUAAUCUUACUUCAAAUAUUUUAGAGCAUCGUGAAUUGUAAGUAAUAGUUGAUUAUGAUUGGCAGAUGCGUUUAGUCUCGUAUA